GUUUGAAUCGGUUUCAUUCCAAAGGAAAUAAAACUCACUCCUUCAGGCCUUUACCAAACCUGCAGUCUCAUAAACACACAGACAUGUCUUCUGCCAGCAGUCUGUUAUCUGAAGAUCAGUUUCUAUGCUCCAUCUGUCUGGAUGUGUUCACUUAUCCAGUCACCAUACCAUGUGGACACAACUUCUGCAAGACCUGCAUCACAGAACACUGGAAUGUUAAUUUACAGUGUCAGUGUCCUGUGUGUAAAGAUGUCUUUGACAGAAGGCCUGACCUACGAGUCAACACAUUCAUAUCUGAGAUGGCUGCUCAGUUCAGACAGUCAGCUGUGAAAAAAACCAGCAGCUGCUCAGAGCAACAAUGUACCAACACAGGAGAAGUUCUCUGUGACAUCUGCACUGAAACCAAACUGAAGGCUGUGAAGUCCUGCCUGGUGUGUCUGACCUCCUACUGUGAGACUCACCUGGAGCCUCAUCAGAGAAUCACAGGCCUGAAAAGACAUAAGCUGAUUGAUCCUGUGGAGAACCUAGAAGACAGAAUGUGUAAGAAGCAUGAUCGACCUCUGGAGCUGUUCUGCAAAACAGAUCAGAUGUGUGUGUGUCAGUUCUGCACUGAAUCAGAUCACAAGUCGCAUGUCUUUGCUCCUGUGAUAGAAGAAUAUGAAGGGAAGAAGGUUGAACUGGGGGAAACAGAGGCUGGAAUUCAGAAGAUGAUCCAGGAGAGACGACUGAAGAUUCAACAGAUCAAACAGUCAGUGAAGAUCAGCAAGGAAGAUGCAGACAGAGAGACAGCAGCCAGUGUGCAGGUCUUCACUGCUCUGAUCCAAUCUGUUGAGAGAGGUCUGGUUCAGCUCAUUGACAUGAUUGAAGAGAAGCAGAAAACAACAGAGAAACAGGCUGAAGGCUUCGUCAAAGAGCUGGAAGAGGAAAUCUCUGAGCUGAUGAAGAGAAGUGCUGAAGUGGAGCAGCUCUCGCACACUGAAGACCACCUCCAGUUCCUCCAAAGCUUCUCAUCCCUGAACCCUGCUCCACCCACCAAAGACUGGACAGAGGUCAGAGUUCAUUCAUCAUAUGAGGGAACUGUGAGGAGAGCUGUGGCUCAGCUGGAGGAGACACUCAGUAAAGAGAUGGAGAAACUGUGUGCUGAUGUUGAAUUGAAGAGAGUCCAGCAGUUUGCAGUGGAUGUGACUCUUGAUCCUGAAACAGCACAUGUAGCUCUCAUCCUGUCUGAUGAUGGGAAACAAGUCACAUGUGGUUAUGUGAAGAAGAAUCUUCCAGACAAUCCAGAAAGAUUUUCCUGUUGUCGCUGUGUUUUAGGAAAGCAAAGUUUCUCUUCAGGCAGAUUUUACUAUGAAGUUCAAGUUAAAGGGAAGACUGCGUGGGAUUUUGGAGUGGUCAGAGAGUCAAUCAACAGGAAGGGACAAAUCAUAGGUAGCCCAAACAAUGGCAUCUGGGCCAUAUGGUUGAGGAAUGGAAAUGAGUACAAAGCUCUUACUGGCCCUCCUGUCCUUCUCUCUCUGAAGUCAAAACCUCAGAAGGUGGGAGUGUUUGUGGAUUAUGAGGAGGGUCUGGUCUCCUUUUAUGAUGUAGAUGCUGCAACUCUUAUCUACUCCUUUACUGACUGUAACUUCACUGAGAAACUCUAUCUGAUGUUUAGUCCCUGUAAUAAUAAUGGUGGUAAAAAUUCCGCCCCUCUGAUCAUCUCUCCUGUCAGUCACACUGAUUAGACUUAAUCUGUAAUGACUCUGGUGAGUGUUGUAUGGAUUCAAAAGCAGCAGACAUAUCAAUCCUGACAGGGGCCGUUGUUAGAUGUCAUCCCUUCUCUCUCUCCCUUCAUUUCCUGUCACCUCCACUGUACUGUCCACUAUCAACAAUAAAGUCACAAAUGCCCACAAAUACUUAAAAGGCAUCAACAAACAAGCAGGCAAACCUGGAGAAAUGUUGGAACAUUAUGUCUA